GGCUGUGGUCUGCCUCCCUCCCUCUCCUUCCCCCUGUCCUUGCAACCUAGCUGAAACUGCAGCUCUUGUUGAAGCUAUCCUAACCGCAUCCUGUCAGCCAAGACAAAGCAGGAAGAAGUCCGUCCCGGUGCAAGACAUUCUGCCCUGAUCCACCCCACAGCCCUGGGGGGGCUGCAAAAAAACAACCCCCAGCCUCCAUAUAAAAGCUGGCUUGCAGUCCUGGGCAGUGCGACUUCUGGGCCCCCUUUCCCCAGGGCUCUCAAACCUCGCCAGGGAGCACUUCAAUAAACGCUACCUUUGUUAGCAUGCAUUUGGCCUCACCGUUCUUCUUCUGCCACCACAAAACCUUACAUUUGGUGCUGAAACCUGGGAGAGGGUGACUGGCAUGCCGGCCCCAGGGGCUUGGCUGUGCCUCCCCUCUCAUGGAUCCCCGCCUCACGGACUGGGACCUCUGACCAGCCUCUUCGUGUCCCGCCUUGACUUCUCGGCUUCGAGCCUUGGAGGAGCCACCCUCGUGGUCAGGAACAGAGCGGGGACACAGCUGGGCACUCGGAAGCACCUUUUCCUGGGGCCUGAUCAAGAGGAAGGGAAGCCCAGGAACAGCGCCGAGGCUCAGGCCCCAAACCGCACCUGCUGGUCCAGGGAGCCUUCCAGGAUGCCUGCCUCACCACACAACCUGAGCGUGGUGGGAAAGCUGAGGAACAUGUCGGUGGACGAGUGCUUCCAGUCCCGGAACACGGUCCUGCAGGGCCAGCCCUUCGGGGGUGUCCCCACCGUGCUGUUCCUCAACAUCAUCUUGUCGUUGAUCAUCCUUGUGGUUUACUCCUUCCUCCGAAAAGCUGCAUGGGACUACGGGCGCCUGGCUCUGCUGAUACACAAUGACAGCCUGACCUCACUGAUCUACGGGGAGCAGAGCGAGAAGACUUCUCCCUCGGAGAUGUCUUUGGAGAUGGAACGCAGGGACAAGGGCUUCUGUUCCUGGUUCAUCAACAGCGUCACCAUGAGGGACGAGGAUCUGGUCAGCAAGUGCGGGGAUGACGCGCGCAUCUACAUCACGUUCCAGUACCACCUCAUCAUCUUCAUGCUCGUCGUCUGCAUCCCCUCCCUGGGCAUCGUCCUGCCCAUCAACUACACGGGGAACGUCCUGGACUGGAAUAGUCACUUUGGGCGGACCACCAUUGUCAAUGUCUCCACAGAGAGCAAGCUCCUGUGGCUGCACAGCCUCCUGUCUUUCCUGUACUUCAUCACCAACUUCAUAUUCAUGACCCAUCACGCCAUGGGGUUUGCCCCCAAGAAGAGCCACAAGGUCACAAGGACACUAAUGAUCACCUAUGUGCCCACAGACAUCGAAGACCCAGAAAUCAUCAUUAAGCAUUUCCAUGAAGCCUAUCCAGGGUGCAUAGUGACCAGAGUCCACUUCUGCUAUGACGUCAAGAACUUGAUCGACUUGGAUGAUCAGAGGCGCCAUGCCAUGCGGGGCCGACUCUUCUACGCAGCCAAGGCCAAGAAGACCGGGAAGGUGAUGAUUAGGAUCCACCCCUGCUCCCGCCUGUGCUUCUGCAAGUGCUGCAUCUGCUUCAAGGAGGUAGACGCAGAGCAGUACUACAGCGAGCUGGAGGAGCAGCUGACGGACGAGUUCAACGCGGAGCUCAACCGCGUCCCGCUGAAGCGACUCGACCUGAUCUUUGUCACCUUCCAGGACUCGAGGAUGGCCCAGCGCGUCAAGGAGGAUUACAAGUACCUCCUCUGCGGCGUGCCCCCCCAACAGUCCUCAGUGACCACGAUCGUCAAGUCCUACAACUGGAGGGUCUCUGUCGCCCCACACCCCAAAGACAUUAUUUGGAAACACCUCUCGGUCCGCCGCUUCUUUUGGUGGGCCCGCUUCAUCUCGAUCAACACCUUCCUCUUCUUCCUCUUCUUCUUCCUCACCACGCCUGCCAUCAUCAUCAACACCAUUGACAUGUACAACGUCACCCGCCCUAUCGAGAACCUGCAGAGCCCCAUCGUGACCCAGUUCUUCCCCUCUGUGUUGCUCUGGGCCUUCACGGUGAUACUGCCUUUAAUCGUCUACUUCUCCGCCUUCCUAGAGGCCCACUGGACCAGAUCAAAUCAGAAUCUGAUCAUAGCGCACAAGUGCUACAUCUUUCUGGUGUUCAUGGUGGUCAUCCUGCCCUCUAUGGGACUGACCAGUUUGGAUGUCUUUUUACGCUGGCUCUUUGACAUCUACUACCUGGAGCAGGCGUCCAUCAGGUUCCAGUGUGUGUUCCUGCCAGACAACGGCGCCUUCUUCGUCAACUAUGUGGUCACGGCAGCUCUCCUUGGCACGAGCAUGGACCUGCUACGCCCGGGGGCGCUCUUCUGGUACUGCAUCCGCCUCUUCUUCUCCAGGUCGGAGCCAGAGAGAGCUCAUAUCAGAAAGGACCACGCCACAGACUUCCAGUACGGGCGGGAGUAUGCGUGGAUGAUGAACGUCUUCAGUGUGGUGAUGGCAUACAGCAUCACGUGUCCCAUCAUUGUCCCUUUCGGGCUGCUGUACCUGGCCAUGAAGCACGUAACAGAUCGCUAUAACAUGUACUACUCCUACGUGCCCACCAAGCUGAACGCGCAGAUCCACAUAGCCGCCAUCUCCCAGGCCAUUUUCGCCCCGCUCUUGGGUCUGUUCUGGAUGCUCUUCUUCUCCGUGCUGCGGUUGGGUUCCCUCCACCCCAUCACCGUUUUUUCCCUGACCAACCUCCUCAUUUCCAUAGUACUUGCUUUUGUUGGCAUCUUUAUGGGGAAGUUUUGGAUGGCCCCUGAGUACAAGCCCGAGGAGGAUGAGAUCCGGACCGUGUUCGACCUGGAGCCGAGCAGCACCUCCUCCACGCCCACCUCCCUUCUGUACGUGGCCACCGUGCUGCAAGAGCCGGAGCUGAAUCUGACCCCGGCGUCCUCCCCAGCCAGGCACACCUACGGCACCAUGAGCAGCCAGCAGCCAGAGGAAGACGAAGAAGAGAGUGGUCUGAGGGGCUUUGCAAGGGAGCCGGACUCGGCCCAGUUCCAGGAGGGGCUGGAACUAGAGGGCCAGAGCCAGUACCACUGACCAGGACCCCGGGCCUCCACUGGCGACAAGUUAAGGGCCAGGGGAGGGCCUAGCAGGGGGAGGCAGGAGGGUGGCCUGGACCUCCCCACUCCCUCCUGCAGACCUUGAGAAGCCCCAGGUGGAGACAUCUGCCAUCCCGGCCAUGUCUACACGGAGGCCCUGCCCCGCUGAGCGGCUGGAACCGGAGGCUCUAGGCUGGGCAGAGGUGCCGGGGGGGUGGAGGAUGAGGCAGGCGCCCUGCCUUGGGAGACGUGGCGGAAGCCCCGGGCAGAGACCGAAGGCUAGGCCUGGGGUUGCGAUGGAGACGGCGUACACGGGGAGGAAGCAGAAGGAAGCCUGUCGACGGCUUUUGGGGCCGUCGCCGCCCCUGCACCAGCUGCCCUUCCGGGGAGCUUCUGCGCUGCGCCCCCACCUCCGCCCCGUCGCCCCCCGUGGUGUGAGGCAAAAGCACACGCACUGGGCCUCCCCACGAGACACAGAUGGCCAUCUGGGGAGAGAAAGCCUCUGCACCUGUUGACCUGAAAAGAGGUGACUGAGCCCUUUCCUGUUCCUCUGCCCUGGGCAGAUGUCCCCAGGCCCGGCAGGAUGGAGGCCCGUCUCCUUCCUGUUCUUACAAGGGGGUGGAUGAGACAUGGUCACUCGGGCUCAUUAAACGAGACCUGCGUGCAUUUUGAAGAAGGAAACCUCGGCUGCUCCUUGCUGGGUACUGUGAGGUGGGGAGGGGCAGAGGCGGAAUUCUUGGAGGGGGUCUUCUCGCCAAACCCCUGCGUGCUGGGAAACCAGACAUACUGCCCAAGCCCCAGGGCCUAACGAGAAGAUCCCCAAAGCCAAGGAUGUGGCCACUAUGAGCUUCUGCCUCGUACUGCUGAGUGCCUGGAGCCCCCACUUGGCCAAGACGGGCAGCAGCGUAGGGUAAGAAACCCAUGCUUCCAAUGGAAGGACUGGCUACCCCCACCCCAAGUAGGUAGGACCCUUCCUCCCCUCUCGGGGCUGCCCUGCACCCUGCUCUGAAGAACAUCCAAGUGGCCCCCAGUGUGGCCCUGGUUCAGACACUGCAGAUGCUUUGACAGUGACGUCACCCCAGGCCUGCUGGGGGGGUGGGGUGGAGGUGAGGGCCGUGUCCUCCAUGGAGAAGCCCUUUCUGGUGAAGCAGGCCACCCCCCCACCUGGGGCUGCCACCACCUGAGACCUGGCGGAGGGGAAUCCUGAACAAUGCUGGUGACACCCAACAGCACCUUUGCCACAGCCGGCAGAGGACAGGACCACAGGAAGCCCCGCCGAGGAGGACUUGGAGAAGAGCUGGCUGGGGCCUCUGUGAGCCAGAACUAACCCAGUUGAAUGGGGUCUGCAUGUUCCAGGGCCCUCCCCCAGGUCUGGGUUCCUGCUGCCACCUGCUGGCGGUGGGCCCCGGGCUCACCUGCCCCAAGCAUUUUCACCGCAUCCCAGGCACAUGGCUGCCCUGAACUCAGAUCACCUUGGCCUUGUCCCUGCACUACUUUGCCCACACCCCAGCCCCCGGAGCUCCAAGCUUCAGUUCAGAUGGGAAAUAGUGCUCAGGGAGCAGCUGUCACCCAACUUUGGCCUGGGGAAUCUUUCCAGAGAGCUCGGUUCAGCCGGGGAGGGGCUGCCUUUCCCAUUCCUUGUCCAGCCAGGAAUAAGGGGGAAACUAUACCCAGCCUGGCCCUCACACAGCCAGGUCCCACAGAGCCCCUGCCCCUGGAAUUCCACCAGCCAACAAGGGGAAAGGACCUUCCAUAGCAGGGUGGCCAGGCCCGGCAGGGAGUUUGCCCAGAGUGGGGAGACGGCCAGCCCCAGGCCCUGCCUGCCCCAGAGUGUGUACUGAGGAUGGGGGCUGUGGGCGUCCUGCCAGAAGCUGGCCCGGGGCCCCUGCUUCCCUGGCCCCGCCUGCUGGGCCCUGUGCAGUCUCUGUCGCCCUGUGGGACGCUGCUGCUGGUCCCGCCUCCCCUCUGCUGCCCACCUCCCCUGCAGCCUGGGAUGCUGCAUGUGGGAAGGGUCCCGGCAGAUGGCUGGGGGCUUCCCCCUCUGAACUUGGGUCAAGUGCCGGCUCUGAGAGGAGGUAGUGUGCAUGUUCAGGAAGCUCCGGAGUCCACUCUUAAGGCAACUGUGAGGCUCCACCUGGACCCACCACGGCCACUAGGGUGGGGGGUGUCUUUUAGUCCACUCCCCCCACAACACCACAUCCAGGUCCUCCCAGGCACCCUGAGCCCACUCUUGUCUCACCCACAGACCUCCCCUACCACCCUCUCCUCUCCCCCCACUUCCCAGCACCCCUGUCCAUCCACCAAAGCACCCCCCACUGGAUCCUUUCUAAAGGGAGCUGCCUCCCAGGGGGCCGCACUGCCUAGACUAGAGCCUCCGAGAGGGCCCCGGCCUCAGCGGCCCCACGCCUGCCUGCCUGUCCCGCAGCUGCCUCUGGGAGCAAAGUGCCUAUCAGCAGCAUUGCGUCCUCUGGGGCCUCGGUGGGGGGCUGGACUGACCUUGGCCACCACCACUACAGGAAUGUGCCAGAAUGCUGAACCUUCUUGUUAUUAAUGCUAUGACCGUGCCUUGAAUAAACAAGUCCUCCCACCC